CGCAGCCCAUCUUUGUUAAAAGAUAUUCACCAAAAAAAAGGGCAGCGCUUUUAGUUCACUAAUCCAUCUCUUCCAUCCUUCUUUCCUUCCUUCCUCCUUCAUUGAUUCAUUGCUUCCUACCAGAUUAAAGAAGCGUGUUCCAAGUGAAAGACUGUAGCUUUUUGCCCGUUCUCGACUUCUUGCGAGUUCUGAGCAGUAAUGAUUGUAGCAGCAAAACCCAGUUCAGAAAUCAGAGGUCUUCUUGGCAAGGGUUUCACUGCUGCUACUUUGACUGUACAUUCUUGAUUUCUCUUCCAGGUUGGAGGCUUUUUUGGUGUUUGUUGCAAAUAUGGGCGUUCGAGAUUUCUGGGUGGUCAUUAUUGUUAUUGGGUUUUGCUUCCAAGCUCAGGUUUUGAGGUCCCAGAACCUGACCUGCAGUCCCAAUGAUAUGAAUGCCUUGGAGGAUUUCAUGGGUGGUCUGCAAACUGCCAUUGGUAAUUGGGGCAGGAAUUUCUCUAGUGAUUGCUGUAAAUGGGCAGGUAUUACUUGCAACUCUUCUGUUGAUACUUAUAGAGUAGUUGAGUUGGAUCUUUCGGGUAGAAGACUGAUUGGGAACCUAUCUGAAUCUUUGGGGAAGUUGGAACAGCUUAAAACCCUUAAUCUUUCCCACAACUUCCUGAAAAGCUCACUUCCUGUUUCACUGUUCCAAUUGCCUAAACUAGAGCACUUAGACUUGAGUUCUAAUGACUUUUCUGGCCCCAUUCCAGAUGAUUUCAAUUUACCUUCAAUUCUGUCACUUGACAUCUCUCAGAAUUUCUUGAAUGGUUCUUUCCCACAAAGCAUCUGUGCAAAUUCUACUCGGCUUCAGGUACUGAAGUUGGCUGUGAACUACUUGUCUGGUAGUCUUCCACCAAGUCUUGGAAAUUGUAGUUCCUUGGUGGAUCUCUGUCUUCUCUCGAAUAAUCUCUCUGGUGGUGUACCUGAAGGGAUAUAUCAGCUGAAAAAUCUGAUCAGACUGACCAUUCAAGAUAACAAGUUCACUGGGCCGCUGAGCGAAAAUGUUGGUAGCCUGAUCAAUCUUGUUCGUCUGGAUAUCUCCACUAAUUGGUUUUCAGGGACUAUCCCGGACAUUUUCCACAGGCUCCAAAAGUUGCAGUAUUUUGUUGCUCAUUCCAAUAAUUUCAGUGGUCAGAUACCGCCUUCCUUAUCAAGUUCUCCAAACAUCACUUUGCUGAAUGUGAGAAACAAUUCAUUGAAUGGUGAGAUCAAUCUAAAUUGUUCAGCAUUGAUAAAUUUGACCUCUCUUGAUCUAGGUUCAAACCAGUUUGAUGGGGAAAUUCCACCCAAUCUUCCCACCUGUCAACAUCUGAAUAAUAUAAAUCUUGCCAGGAACAAGUUGAAAGGCCCAAUUCCUGAUAGCUUCAAGGAUUUUCAUACCCUCAAUUACCUCUCACUUUCAAAUGCCAGCCAUUCUAAUCUGUCAUCUGCCCUUCAUAUAUUACAGCAGUGUCAGAAUCUGACUACUUUGGUUCUCACUAUGAACUUCUAUGAUGAAGAAUUGCCUGCUGAUCCAAACCUUUAUUUCGCAAGGUUGAAGGUUUUUAUUAUAGCAAACAGUAGGCUCACAGGAUCAAUACCCCUAUGGUUGAGUAAGAGCAGCAAAUUGCAGUUAUUAGAUAUAUCCUGGAACAGCUUGCAGGGCACAGUUCCAUCUUGGUUUGGCAAUUUUUCUGAUCUCUUCUACUUGGACAUAUCAAACAAUUCUUUUACUGGGGAGAUCCCGAGAAGCUUAACCGGACUACAGAGCCUCAUUGAUGGAGAUUUUUCUUCAGUCCAGGAGCCUUCCCCGGAUUUUCCUCUUUUCCAGAAGAAGAAUGUAAGUGCAAGGGGAUUGCAGUAUAAUCAAGUUUGGAGCUUUCCGCCAACACUGGAACUUAGCAACAAUAAUUUCAGUGGACUGAUUUGGCCAGAGUUUGGGAACCUGAAGGCCCUUCAUGUAUUGGAUCUAAAGCACAACAUUUUAUCUGGACCAAUUCCAAGUUCUCUUUCUAAUAUGAAAAGCUUGGAGACUCUGGAUUUGUCUCAUAACAAUCUUUCAGGAACAAUACCUAGUUCGUUGGUUCGGCUCAGUUUUUUGUCCAAGUUCAGUGUUGCAGACAAUCAACUAGAGGGUGAGAUUCCUAGUGGAGGUCAGUUUGGGACCUUCCCAAAUUCAAGCUUUGAAGGGAACAGUCUUUGUGGUGACCAUGCUCCUCCAUGUCCAUCGAAGGUUCAUACUUCUCUCGUUCAAAACAGAAAAUCAAGAAUGAAUGUAGGAACUAUUAUUGGUAUAGUUGUUGGAACUGUAUUUGGGACAGCAGUUCUUCUUGCUCUCUUGUUCAUUAUUGUGAUGCGGGCGCAACGUCAAAGAGAGGUUGAUCCUGAAAGGGAGCAUGAAGCAGAAGAGAAGUACUUGGAAGAACUUGGUUCAAAAUCAGUGGUUCUUUUCCAAAACAAGGAGAACAAUAAGGAACUCUCUCUUGACGACCUCUUGCAAUCCACCAACAAUUUUGAUCAGGCAAAUAUCAUUGGUUGCGGGGGUUUUGGUUUGGUUUACAAAGCAACCCUCCCUGAUGGUAAGAAGGUUGCAAUCAAGCGAUUGUCUGGUGACUGUGGCCAGAUGGAUAGAGAAUUCCGAGCUGAAGUUGAAGCACUGUCCAGAGCUCAACAUCCAAAUCUUGUCCAUCUUCAAGGGUAUUGCAGUUAUAAAAGUGACAGACUUUUGAUAUAUUCUUACAUGGAGAACAGUAGUCUUGACUAUUGGUUGCAUGAAAAGCUGGAUGGAGCAUCCUGUCUGGAUUGGAAUACAAGGCUUAAAAUUGCUCAAGGGGCGGCAAGAGGGCUAGCUUAUUUGCAUCAAUCAUGUGAGCCCCAUAUCGUUCAUCGGGAUAUAAAGUCGAGUAAUAUUCUGCUAGAUGAGGAUUUUAAUGCCCACUUAGCUGAUUUUGGUCUUGCUAGGCUCCUGCGUCCCUAUGAUACUCAUGUAACAACUGAUCUUGUUGGGACAUUGGGGUAUAUUCCUCCUGAGUAUGGCCAAGCCUCUGUUGCUACUUACAAGGGCGAUGUGUACAGUUUUGGGGUUGUUCUUUUGGAGCUGCUGACAGGAAAAAGGCCUAUGGAUAUGUGCAAACCAAAGGUAGCUCGAGAUCUGAUCUCUUGGGUGUUUCAGAUGAAGAGGGAGAAGAGGGAAACUGAAGUGUUUGAUCGAGUCAUUUAUGACAAGCAUAGAGAACAGGAACUUUUGUGUGUUUUUGAGAUUGCAUUACUCUGCUUAAAUGGAUGCCCUAAGGUGAGACCUUCAACUCAGCAGCUAGUUUCUUGGCUCGAUAAUAUCAACAUCAAAAUCUAGCUUUUAUAUUUGUAGAUAAACCAGGAAAAUCCUGAUUGUACAGCUAGAGAUGUUACUACGUCUAAAAGAAGCUCAAUUUCUAUAUCUACAAUGCUAAUUUUGCACUCUCAAAGUUGGUUUUGCUGUGUAUAUUCAUCCACACAAUUGCUAAUAUAAUGAGAGCAGUAUUU